AAUAGCCGAAAAUCCUUGAAAGCUUUUGGUGUGUGCUUGUGUUCAUGUUCUGUAAUUUUACGCGAAAAUAGGAAAAAAUCUAUGUGGAAUUCAUUAGUUUGUGUGGUAAAAGAUCACCUAAGGCAUUGUUAGUGUUUAGAAAUUAGAUGCAACGCAGGAAAUACCAUGGAACGGUAAAACAAGAGCAUCGGCCGAAAACAAUACGGCGAGGAGCAAAUUUCCCUGACAACUUUAAAGGAAAUACGUUGAUUAACAUGUGGCAAUGAGGCACGUUGAAGUGUAUGUAAAGAACUUUUGAGGUUAAGCGGUGGACUUUACCAACAACGUUGCCAGACCUGACCUACAUUUCCUGUAACUCGGGAAAAGUUUACUACUGGCAAACUCUAGGCGGUUUUUUUCAGUGUCAAUUAAUAAUUAAUUUCCAAUGAAAAUGCCGGCGUCUACUGUAGACGUUGUGGGAGCUGCCUUGAAAGCUUCCCUGUCGAAAAACGAAGAAAGUUCCAAUUUAGAUGCACAGCUGGCAGGAAGUACUAAAAAAGCCCUUCUGUCUAAUACUGAAUAUGAACCAGCAGAAAGCUAUCAGAGCUCCGUUUUAGAUGUGUUGAAGUCUAAAUAUAUUGUCCUUAAAAGCCCCCAGUCACAACAAAAUCCUACACCUCCUGAACAAGAAACUCGAUCUGAUGACACCUUGAAACUAGCUAAACAGGAGUUGUACCCAUUGGACAAAAUACAGCUUGGCUGGUCUAGCACGGGAGACUGGUCUGUAGGGGCAGGAAUGGUCAAUAUGGGAAACACUUGUUACCUAAAUUCUACCCUACAAGCUCUCUUCCAUGUCCCUUCAUUAGUUAAUUGGCUUAUGUCUGAUAAAGAACAUGCCUUAAAAUGCCAGGAUAAUGGAACUUGCAUAAUUUGCGCUAUGAGAAAAACCCUUCAAGAAUCCCAACAGAGGAACAUAAGUUCCAUUAGGCCUAUUUUGAUUUAUAAUAAAUUAAGGCUUGUGUGUCGAAAUUUGAUUCCUGGACGGCAGGAGGAUGCUCAUGAGUUUCUUAGGUACCUUGUAGAAGCCAUGGAAAAGUCUUUUCUGCAGAGGUUUAAAAAUAAUAAUAUGUUUGAUUCAAAAGUGAAGGAAACUACUCCACUUAAUCAAAUCCUAGGAGGUUAUUUAAGGUCAGCAGUACGGUGUUUGAGGUGUGGACACGUCAGCACCACCUUUCAGCAUUUCCAAGACUUAUUAUUAGAUGUAAGAAAAGCUCAGACUUUGGAGGAGGCGCUAGAACUUUACUUUAGCAGGGAAAAACUGGAUGAUGAGAGCUAUCAUUGUGAAGCUUGUCAAAAAAAGGUUCCAGCAACAAAACAGUUUCAGUUAGAACGAGCACCCAUGGUCUUAUGUAUUCAACUAAAAAGGUUUUCUGUUAGUAAUAAUAAAAUUACUAAACACAUUGCCUUUAGGCAAAGAUUGGAUCUUAGUCAUUAUGCUAGGCAAAAACCAAAUGUGCCUCUUGUAUACAGAUUGGUUGCCUUGGUCACCCAUAUGGGUCCCACAGUUAGUUGUGGUCAUUACACUGCCGUAGCUCAAGCACCUUCUGGUAAUUUUUACCAGUUUGAUGAUAGUAUGGUCAGGCCAAUAUCCCACCAAACAGUCUUCAACACGAACGCGUACAUAAUGCUCUACGAGCUCGAGCCUUCGUCUCUAGUCCCGAAACAAUCCGUCCAAGCGAGCCAGAGAAGCAAAGCGAGCAGUACCAUUACGGAACCGCGACCUUCCAUAACCAAAUCACCUCUUAUAAGCCCUUCGACCCCCUCCACGUCGAGAACAGCGGAAAAAAUGGUGCCGUCGUCCCCUGAAAGUUUGCCUAGUCCAAAGAGCGGCGCUCCCGUAACUCCCAAGUUGCCCUUAGGUGUCGGGUUCACUAGCGAAAAAGUUUACGGGCCCGAGUUGCCGCCGAGUAGAAACACCGGUAAUGUCUCGUCGAGUAACGGCAAGACCGCGAAGGUGGUUAGUAGUUCGUCGUCGAUAUCGCCCAAACUUACGGAUGAAUCGAGUACGGAGUCCAGUGAGGAGGAGGAAUCAAGUAAACCUACUCCCACACCCUCCUCACCGCCAACAAAAGAAGCAGAUAGUUCCACCGUAGUCGAGGAUGAUCCCUUGCGAAUCGAUCAUCACACAUCUCCGGAAGCGUCUCCAACUGCCUCUUCGGUUGUCUCGACGAGCGUCUCCAGUAUGUCCAGUCCCGAAGUGCUGAUUUCUAGGAAAAACAACUCACCCUCGAAGAGUCUGGUACCUUACGAGACGGGAGAUACUAGCGGGAGCGAGGACUCGAACCAUUCGGACACUAAUAAUCGGGUAACAACUAAAGCAACAUUCGGGGACUGGCAGGUUACCUCUUCGACUGACGUAGCGACUACACAAAAAGAGGUCGAGACGCCUAAAAGUUUGCAGUGGGAUAAAAAGAAAAUCGACUCGGGAAAUGUGGUAAAUGAACUAUUCAAAAUGUCUACUUCCGGCUAUUCUGCACCGGUUUCUACAUGGAACGGAACUAGGUCACAACUAGACAAGGAAGUAAACGAGGAAAAACGUAUGGAGCGUAAGCGUAGUUUAGCAGACAGUUCCGUCGAUCAGGGCCGAACAAAACAUCCAAAAGUCAACUCGAACUACAACAAAUCAAAAUCGAACCCUGGUUAUAAUCCCGUUCAGGUCGGAAUACCACAAUAUGAAAAAUUGGAACAACAGUAACGGAUCUGGCAACGGAUACCAUCACAAACCUUACUAUCACAAUAACAACAGACACAAACGAAACUUCCACAACAAGGGCGGAGGAUUCCAUAAAAACGGCUACAGAUUUCGGUAAUAUCGCACGUUUGUUUUGUUUGCUCCAGUUGUUCGUUUUUUAAGCAAUAUGGUCCUUUCCUAUUUUAAAUAAGAAGAAUUUGUAAUAAAAACCUGUAAAAUAGCUUUCUUGGCUUGAAUAAAUUUUACUUUUAAAUUAAGGUAGAAAAAAAGAUGUAUAACUUUUAUUUAAAUCGAACGGUAAUAUUACCACGCGCGGAAUCGGCUUCAAAAUUGAAAUUAUUAUUUAGCUGUAUAUAUAAUAAAGUGGUAUUACUGUAAA